UACUGAAAAUAAUUGUAUUACUAUUAUUUUUUUUUAAUAAUAAAAUAAAUAUGAUGAAUGCAGAAUUGUAUCUAUUUAUUUGUUAUGCAUUAUGAUGGCUUGGUUACCCGGAAAUAAAUUAAAUCCCCUUUGUUGACAACGAGCAACGCUAAUUCCGGAGCGGAAAGUUUCCCCAAAAAGUUUCAAACUAAUGGAACGGAACCCUCGUCAAGUGGCUCGACGUAGAUGACUGUGGAAAAAAAAUAAUAAUGUCUGUCUUGUUUCAUUUCACUGUAUCUGUUUUAUGGAUUACAGCCCAUGGUAAGUUAACAAGCUGAUCGAGUUCUUUGCGACCAAUUAAAUUACUAUUACUAUUAUUACUUUCCUAACUUUUCUUCGAGGACUACUCGCCACGGAUAAAUAAAUGUUCAAGUUCAAGUUGAUUGAGUCGGAGAUUGAUCAUUGAAUCAUUUUCAAUUUCAUCUUCUUUGAAUAUUAAUCAAAUUCUAGGAAUUAAAAGUUUCUUACAUAGCGUAGCCUAUAUCAAAAUUAUUGGUUAUUUAAUUAAAACUAAUAAAUAGUUAACCCUUUUGACCUGAGUUUCUGACCUCAGGGCUCAACUUAAUAAAACUAAGCAGUUAUGGAUCGGAUGUGAACUCAAUGAUUAUGAUUAGAUUUAGAUCUAAUCAAAUAAACUUUACUGACAAAUAAUUAAAUUUUAAAUCUACCCAAUUUUUUCAAAAACUUGUUCAUAUUAAUAUAUAUAUAGGCUAUAUAUUUUUUUUUUAUUCUUGGGGAGGUGGUAAACCUUUUCUUAUUUUAUGUUUAACUGCAACCACCAAAGUUGGAACACAGUCACUUACAUUUACACAGCAGGCAGCUUUGUGUGUGAUUAAAAAAAUUGUCACUCAACACAAAAUUGCUGUAGUCUGUAGUAGUAGCCUCGUUUUAUUAGUUGCAAGCGCCAAAUUAAUCCUUGAACAGGGACAAGUAAAUAUUAUAACAUAAUGGGAUUGUUGCUAUGCUAUAACUUUCUAAAUUCUAAAUGUGCAAAUCUGGUUUUCAUAUGUUACGCGAGUCACUGAAAACCACAUAACUUUUGAAAUAAACUUAUAUUUGAAAAUUAGAUUAUGUGAUGGUAAACAUACUUUUCUCACUAAAGCGAUUUUUGAGAUAUUUCUACAGGUAUUUUAUGUCACAUGAGAAAGCCCUAGGGCUAUGUUAAAUACCUGUACAAAAAAUAUAUUAUAAAUGCAUUUUUUUAAAGAAUUAGACGUCUCAGACUUGGGUGUUUAGAUCAUUACCGCAACAAUAUACCAGAUUUAAAUAGAUAUUUUUUUUACCGAUAAAACUUAUGGAGCCAGAAUGAUCAAUUGAUUGAUUGAUUGAUUGAUUGAUUGAUUGAUUGUGGGCCCUCAAAAAAUAAGAGAAGGAGACUUUUCAAUACAAUCUAUUUUUAGCUGCUAUCCAUGAAAAAGUGAAGUACCACGAACUGAUCGGGGUCCACCAGUCUCACGUGAGGAACAGGCGGAGCGCUGACCAAGACUUUGGGGAGCUGGUUAAGGAGUUCAACUUCCAGGCUUUCAAUAGGUCAAACUUAUAUAAAGAUAUAACUUUUGAAGUCAAAUUAUGUGUGCAUCUAUCCUCCCCUAAUUAUUUUAUCUCAUAUUUUUUAAGAGUUCUUGGCCAUUUGCUUAAUCAGGCCAUAUGAUUAUUACGGAAUUUUAAACUAUUUGACAUAAAAAUAAAGAUAUGUAACAGUACAUAGUUAAUUUGAUACAUGGACUUACAAUUAAUUGAUUUUUAAUUUUUUUUUUAAAGCGAGAAAGCAUAAGUAAGAUAAUAAAUUUAAAAGCAGUCUCCCCUCUAAAUGAGACAACCAUUGUUGUAGAUUUAAGACAUUUAGUUAUCUAUCAUGAUAAUAUCACUUUUAAAAAAAUGCAUCAUUGGAUAACAUCGAUUUAUAAGUCUUAAUACAGAUAUUAGUAAUUAGCAUGUUUUAAAAGUAAGUUAAUUGAAAUUUGCUGUAAACGUGUAUUAGUAUUAGGUCAUGUGGAAUUAAGUUGGUUGGACAGUGGUCAAGUUUAUUUAUAAUCAAAUUGGUGGGACAGUGGUCAAAUUUAUUUAGAAUGAAUUGGGUAAAACCAGCUAAUGAUUAUGUUCAUAAUAUAUUUUAUAAAAAGUAGUGUACCGGGCACCGGCAAUGUUUCUCUAUUAACAUGACAAAGCAAAGAAAGUUUAUUAAUAUCAGGAGCUACAAGAAACCCUUGAAAAAUUAUGCAUUUGCUAAUCAUCUUAAACAUCUAAGGUAGAAAAAUUAGUCCGAUAACCAAUAAGCUUAAUAAAUUGUACCACAUAAAUGUAUCUUUUCAAAAAUAUACUGGUAGCACACUGGCAGAGAAUCUUAUUUACAUUUAAAAACAUUCAAAAUAUUUACCUCAGUGUAUAAACAUUUAACUCACUCAUCAGUUUGCUCUUAACUUAAGAAGUUUAAAUUGAAGAUUCCCCCCCCCCUCCCCCUCCCUGCCCCAACUUGUUUUGGAUUUCAGGUCAUUCAACUGCAGCCUCACCCCUCGACUGAAUUUUUUCUCCGCAAACUUCACCCUGACGGUGUAUGGAGCAGACGGGGUUCCUAGGGAGCAAACCUUUAGAAGAGAUCACAUUUAUGUGGGGACGUGCAAUGGUAAGUGAUGAAGAGAUUCAUACGUUUUAUUUGCUUCUACUUGUAGUCCAGAAGUGUGUACGUUUUCUAGAAUUGUCUUCUUGUGCCUUUCUACCCCGUCUGGGGCAUAGGCCGUCUACAAGAACUUUCCACUCAUCACGGUCCUUUGCUUUCCUUUCCAAUUGCUUCCAGGUGUAUCCCAUAUUUUCCGUGUCAGCCUCUAGCUCUCGUCUCCAUGUAUUCUUAGGCCUUCCUCUCUUUCUUUUUCCCUGUUGGUUCCAUGUUAGGCGUUGUCUGGUGGUGCUAUCUGGGGGUUUUCGGAGCGUAUUCAAGAAUUGUAGAUGGGAAAUAUUUUUUAAUAUAAAUAUAAACAUCGAGUUUAUUUAAAAAUUUUUGUUUGUUUUUAUUUUUGUAUUGCCUUAGGUGACACUGAUUCAGAAAUUCGAGGCACCUUUAAAGAGGGAAUUUUUUCAGGUUCCUUAAGUUACCAGGGCCAGGUGUAUGGCAUUGAGGUGAGAGGAAAAUUAUUUAAAUUAUAUGGAACGUUGAUGUUGUCUAAUAAUUGAUACAAAUUUCCAAACACUAUUUUAGUUUCUAUUUAAUAUCUUGUAAAGUAUGGGGGCCAUACUGUUGAAUGAUAAAAUAAACUGGUGAAAAAUUACUAUAAUGGACUUCAUUUCUAUUUUUGACAUUGACGGUAGUGUAACUUUCUAGGUCCUAUGUUGUUUCAUUCUUAUUAUUUUUAUAUUAACUUUUACUUAAUGUUCAUCCCUUCAAAAAGUAAAAAAAACUGCCUAUAUCAGUCCAUAUCUGAUGCACAAUGUUUAACAUCUGUCCAUAUUUGACUUAUUAUUGUCUAUUUCUGUAAUUUUUUUACUUAGCCCAUUGUCAACAUCUGUCCAUUUCUAACAAACAAUUGCCUAUAUGUACCCAGUCUGUAUUUAUUUUUUUAUAUUUCUCCCAGAAUGCCAAGUUCCAUAUUCCAACAAAUUUAGAAGACAAAGAACAGAUGAUUGUUUACCGUGCUUCCGAUGUCAUCUGGCCAGAGGGGCAACAGAAAAAUGGAAAUGGGUAAAUGUCGUGUAAAUGUCAUGUUUUGUGAAUAAUAGGUUAUUUUAAUCAAAUAGCAUUUGAUCCAGCUCCCUUCACUGGGUGCCUCGCCAGGAGAGAAUGUUCCAGGUAUUUUCCUGCGUGUGUGAUGUUAAGUGGCUUAUAUCUUACUGUGGGACCAGGUCAUUCCUACCACAGAAGAGCCGGUAACGUGAGGCAGUUAGUCAACUCCUCAUUACUUCUGCUUUCUUUACGUACCAAGUACAAUGCUGUAGUUGAAUUCCAUUUGUCAUGAAAAUCUCAUUAAUUCCUCUUGUUUUUUCAGUCCCAGCUUUUGUGGUAACAUCCAUACCAAACUAAACAUAUCAAUGAGUGGAGAUGGGGACAUUGUUGUGGAUGAAAUUGUUAAAGGUAAAUAAUGGAAAAUAAUCUUUAUUAUUAUUUUUUCUUCAAAACUUUUAGACAAAAUUCUGUAAAUUAUUUCUUGGUUUUAGUUUUAAUUUUGAGUUUUUUUAUUAUCUUUUUAACGACAUUGAUAUAAAUUUCAUUCUAUAAUUUGUUGAUCUUUAUCUUGACAGACAGAGCGGCACGGUACAGGAGGGAGGCCACGCCGUCUUGGAACACUUGUAAGAUCAUCACUGUAGCUGAUUACAAAUUUUUCAAAGGAAUGGGUCGUAGCGACAUUUAUGACACAGCACUCUAUAUGGUAGGAGCUCAAUUCUUUUUAUCGGUUUUGACCUUGCUUACUCAUGUCACAUUAAUGUGCCUUACACAAAUGUAACUAACCAUGUGUUGAUUAGUUGUGAUGCUUUUAGUACUGAUGUCAAAAGUCGACCUACUUGAAACUUGAUGUUCAUCAUUACUUGAUAGCAAUACUACUUGCUACUAAGCAGCAAACCACCAGCUAAUGAAUUACUUGAAAAUAUAGCAUACUAACUUUUAGCCAUUUUGAUUGUCAUUAUUCAAGCUGUCACAUUCCUUGUUCUUUCUAAUUUAUUAGUUAUAUUGAACAGGUGCUGGUGGGGAAAAAAAAUCUCUAUUUAUUACUUAAAAAUGAUAACAGGAAAUAAAUUUGAUUCAUAAAUACCGGUAACAUAACAUAGCAGCAAAAACUAAAUUGAUAAAAAGAAUAAGCUUGAAAUAUAAAAACACUGACACUUUUGGAACCGAUCAGGGAAUAUUGUACCUCAAUGGCUUAUAAAUAGUUUAUCAUUUUAAGUAAUUAUUUAGCGUGUUUCGUCAAAUAUCCCAUUAGGAUAUCUUGUCGGGCUGUAGAUACAGAAGACAGCUUCCCUCAUGAAGUUCUAAUUCAACAAUGAGUUUCCUGGCAGUCACUCAACCUCAAGGUGUGGCCCCAUUUUCACUAUUUUCAGUUGUCCCGAUUAAUCAGAAUUUUGAAUUUUUUGGGGAUUAAAAAAUAUUCAUUGAUUGACCUCAAUUUAUCAACAGGCUGGAGUGAUGGAUAGAGUGGAUGCCAUUUACAGGAAGACCUCAUUUAACCUGGAUUCAUCAGUUUCUGGAUUUGGUUUGGAAAUUGCCAAAGUAGGUCAACAACUUUAUCCAUUUUUUUUCUAUUGCAAGAAGAUUAAAACAGAAACUUUUUUUAUACCGGUAUACAAAAUACUUAUCAUCUAUUCCUCAUUGCCACAUCACCACGCUCUGUUUGGUUUACUGUCUGACAAUAGAAGGCUUUGAGUAAAAAAAUUCAUGUUCACAAACACUUAACUGAAUAAAUCAAGAACUGACCUCUAAUUAUGCAGAGUACCUGUUUCAAAUCUUAUGUUGACUGUUAAGUUAAAGUCACUGGUAAAUAUUUUAAUUUUUAUCUUUUUUUUUCUAAACUAGUGGUAAGAGGACAGAGUUUAAAACAUGCCUAUCUUUACAUGUGUUACAUGCUUUAUAUUUAUAUGACAUAUAAAGUUACGUUUCUAUUUAAUACAUGUAGUUUUUUUAAAUAGUUUUUUUUUAAUUAUUACAUUAUUAAAUAAUUGAUCAUCACUUCUAUAAGCAAGCCUCAUUUUUUUAAACAGGUUUGCAGUUUAGGGACCAGCAUUGUGAUAAAUGUUAAAAUGUAAAAACGAAAUUAAAACAUAGCCCUUUUAUAUUGCUUUAAAUAUAUUAGGCAGUCUUAGGUGCAUACAAAACUUUCAUGUUACAGUUAGUUUGUAUGUAUGGUAUGCAGAGACAAUUAAACAUUAUAACCAACUCAGCUCAUUGGUAGCCUUCUUUUUCCCCUGCACUUAAUUUUUGUGUUUGUUCCAGUGAAAGAAAAUAUUUUCUUGCAUAUUUCCAACAGAUGGUGAUAUAUGAAGCGGCCACAUCUGGGUUUAAUCAGGCUAAGACAGACUGGGAACCACUGACAUUGUUACAGGUAAGACAGAAAAGUCCAGUUAUCAUCUUGAAAGUGUAUACUGUAUAUGAUACAGUUAUUUUAUUUACAUUUUAAAGCAUUAAAAAAAUGUUUGAGAACAUAAUUUGAAAUGCUGCAGUCAGCGCUCAACUAAAUAAAUUAUUUAUCGUCCUGUGUUUUAUUUCAAGUAUUUCAGCAGAAACCUUGAAUACAAAACCUACUGCGCUGCACAUCUGUUCACACACCAGGCAUUUUCAGGGAAUAUUCUGGGUCUUGCUUACAUAGCACCAUCACGAGAGGGCGCUGUUGGAGGGAUAUGCUCCCCAGGUAGGAGCUGCUUGUAUAAACAGAAAGGCGAUUAAGGUGCCAUCUGGCCGCAUGGAUUUCAUUCUGUAGUAUUUCUGUCUGUGGUAGUUGAUGUACAGUUCUUUUUAAAAGCAAUAGAGGUCUGGUCUUAAAGGGAAAUAACUCCCACCCCACACACACGCACACCCCACAAAAUCAUAACAUUUUUGUUUAAAGAGUUUAAACAUUGUUUUUAAAGUUUAACAAUAUUAAUUUUCUGAUAACUUCCAAAUCACGGCAACAAUUAUUUUUUUUAAAUUUACUAAUAAAUAUAAUCUGACCUUAAAUUUUUUAAAUACCGGUAAUAAAAUACUAUAAAAAAAAACUUUUUGUGGAGUAAGAAAGUAUUUUUCAACUCCACCUCUACGGUUUCAACUGGUUCAUUUCUGGCCAAAGUCAGACUCUGUAACCACUGAUUGCAGACAGGAAAUUGCAGGCCGACAGAAUUCUCCAACUCUGCUUUCCUAAUGCAGAUAAAGAAAUCAAAAUCUUGCAAAUAAUUUCAUCACAUUUGGUACAGACCAGGAAAAAAAUUUUUUUACUAUGGAAAUCGAUUUCAGCUUUGUUGACAUAACUGUGCCAUCUGAGUCGGUCAGUUAUGACUUAAGAAUUUAAUGAUUAUUUACAGGGAUGAAAACUUAUGACUGUUUACAAAUGUUCUAAUACGUUUCUUCACAUUUUUCAGUUGUGCGAAUGGAUAACGUUAUGUCAAGUCUGAAUACUGCCUGGAGUUCAACCAAGAACCAAAAUGGCGACACAGUUUUGUUGAAGCAAGCUGACCUAGUCACAGCUCAUGGUACAGAAAAAUGUUUCAUUGAUUUACAAAUAUUUAAAAUAUUUAUUACCUACAUUAUAAGCAUCACAAAGAAUUGAUCUUCUUAUUUGUUGUUCGUCUGUUAAAAUCAACAAGGACUAUCUAGUCAUCUAUUAAGGGUUGGUGGGGGGUGUGUUGGAAUAGUCUCUGACACUGCUGGCAAGGGAUAGACCACCAAUCUUCUUAUUACUUGACCCCAGCACAUUAUUUUCAUCCAUUUUUUAUUAUUCUUUCCCCAUGUUUACUUUCUGUGGCUGGUGUAUGUCCUUGAUUCUGAAUAGAAUUUGGUAAGUUGUUUAUUUUCACAAAUCUUUUUCUGUGACUUCUGAAAUAGAAAUGAUAUUUAUAAAUGUGGCAAACUCUUAUUGUCCAUCACAGAAAUACAACAUAUACCUUGCUGUAAUGGAGAAAAGAUUAAAUUCUGUUCUUUUGUGUACCGGUAUAGAUGUUAUGUAAAACUCUGAUCUUUCCGGAUUAAUCUGUGUACAAUUCCUGCUGUAAGUAACAGAUGAAAUUAUUGAUUUGUGUAUACUGGUACCUUUUUAUGUGAACUAAAAAAGUCUUUCCAGUUCCAGUUGUUUUUUUGUUUUUUUUUGUAUGCCUUGUCUUGUUUUAUAUUCCAUUCAUUUAUUUCUCAGGACACAACUGGGGAGCAGAGCAUGACCCAGAGUCAGGGGACUGCUCACCUUCUACUGUGUACAGUAAAGGGAAGUACCUGAUGUACCCAUAUUCUGUCAGUGGCUAUGACCCCAACAAUUAUGUAAGUCACAGUUUAGACUGCACCCAAGUUUUCAAAACUGCACAACACUUUAAGAGACCUAAUAUUACUAAUAUAGAAUAUUAAUAUGUUAAUAAAUCAUUUUUUCCAACAUGUGAAACAAGACUGUUUCUUUUUAUCUGUCUGCAGGAUCAUGUUUCUAAUCCAGUUUUUUUUCACUACUGUGUAAAAAAAUUAUGUUAUUAUACAUGCGUAAGAGGAAGCAUGUCUACCUUUUACAUUUUAAACCUUUAAAAAUAAACAUCCUCUUUUAGACAUUUACAUAAAAACUUGUUAUAUACCUGUAAUAUAAAUAUUAUUGCAUUUUUUAAAACUAAACAAAUACAUUUUUUUAAUGACCAUUUUUGAGUCAACUGACAAGGAAAGUAUAAUUUCUCUGCCUCUGUAUCUCUUUUAAGUGUUUUAAGAAUAAAUAUCAAUUUCAAAAAUAAAAUCUAAUAUUCACGUCAAAUAUUUGGGGGAAAUCACUCAAGGUAAGGUAAAAAAUAGACAUCUAGGUCUAAUUUCUUCAUACCGGUACACAUAUUUUUAAUGUAGGAAUUAAAAACUCAUGAAAUAAAAUUUAAGAGAAAUACAAAAAUUAAUUUUAAAAAAUUGAAAUUGAGCUUCUUGUAACUAUAAGGUAUUGAUACCGGUAUCAAAAAAAUUAAAUUAAUUCUAGUAUCUUUUUUUUUCUGUUUUCUCUCAGCUGUUUUCACCUUGCAGUAGAGAUUUUAUAAGCCGCGUACUGAAGAUUAAAGGCAGUACCUGCUUCACAGGUGAGUUGUACACUCUUUAUAAAACCCUUCUCAGAUGUUGCAGUUUGUACUGAAAAAGGAAUGAAAGGAAUGGAGGUUUGAAUGGGCUCUUCUCUGUUUAUAAUUUGGUGUCAAUUAAUUCAAAAUUCAAUAUUUGAUCUAUCGUGAAAAGAAUAGAUAAUGCCAUCUAAAAAAAAAGGAAGUAAAUGGAUUUUUUGUAUUUUUUUGUCUACAGCAAAAAGCUACGAUGAAAACCAGGUGUGUGGUAAUGGGCGCAUUGACACUGGUGAAGAAUGCGAUGCUGGUUUCAUCGGGCGCUUCAACUUAGACAAGUGCUGUGACAGUAACUGCCGACUUAUAAACUCUGCAACAUGCAGGUGGGUUCCAUUUCCAUUGUCUAAUCUGCUCAGCAGGAUGUAACCUGGAUGUACCAUUCUCAUAGUUUGAUAUGAGCUGGUGGGCACAGUCUUUAUGUUGUAUAUCAUGGAUAUAACAAAUUAGACACCAUUUGAACACCAUAUGUUCCACUCUUAUUUAAAAACCUUAUGUGACUACCUAUUGCACACUGUAUUUAUAAUGUAACUGCAAUCAUUGAUGAUACUCCAAUAGCAUUAAUAUACUGCUCCUUUACCUAAAUGGAUUGAAUAUUUCUAAUAUUUUCCAGUCCACUCAAUCACGAAUGUUGCUCCAACUGUUCAAUGUCACCAGCGGGUACAACAUGCAGGUCAUACACUGGCAUCAACUGCCUUGAAUCAGCUGUUUGCAAAUAUCCUUUUUUUUUUAAAUGGUUAUCUUUUAUUAUAUUGCUUUUAUUUCAAACUGAAUUUAAUUUUGUUUCAAAAUAAAUAUAAUUUAAUGCAAACCCUCCCCCAAUCUAGAUUUGCAGCUGUUUAUAUAUUAACUAAAAAGUACUGGUACUUAUUGUCUUUGACCUUACUUCAGUGGCUAUACUUUGGAGUGUCCAGCACCAAAUUACAGAGCAGAAAACUCGCCUUGUUUAGACAAGUAAGCAAUUCAAAAUACCGGUAUUUAAAAAUAUUUUAUACCAAUCAAAUAGUUAAUCAACACAAGCAUUCAUUGUUUUAUAUGUAAUUUGUAAUUUGUAAAUGAUUAAUUACGUGUUUGGGGUAAAUCAAUUAUCUGUAUAUAGAAGUUUAUUUUUAUAAAAUAGAAAUAGUCAAAGAUGCUCUCAGUACAUUGUUAAUUUAUGAGAUUUAAUUUUCUAACCCCUCAGAGGGCUGUGUAGAUCAGGGGUGUGUGUUCCCUUUUGUGAAUCCAGGAACUUGACGGCCUGUGCUUGUGAAAAUCGUAAGUCAUUGUGUUAGGUCCAAGUUAUGGCUUGUUUUAUUAUACUCAUUCUAAAGUGGAGAUUUUGGGAAAAUAUUUCAGGCGAAUAAGUUGGGUGGUCAGCUUAUGAGCAGGUCUUUGGACAUUUUUAUCAUUUUCUCCAGGUGCAUUUAAUAUUGAAACUUUUAUUGUAGAUUCAGGAGGUCUAAGUCUAUCCAUACUUAAAUAUGUUACCAGAAGCAUAAAAACAAAGAUUCCAGAAGUAGAUGGUGCAGCUAAUCAUUUUUUUUAGCACAAGCAUAAUCUCAUUCUAGAUAUUUUUGGUAAUGGUAUAAUAUUGCUAGUACACGCACAUUUUUUUUAGGGCUUGGCUUAUGAGCCAGUUGUUGAUUUUUUAGGAUUUUCGUGUACGAAACCAGGGUGGCCGGCUUAUGAACAAACAGGUCUUAGAACAAAUUGGACUGGUAUGCUAUCAAGUAUCAAGGAAAUAUAAUCAAGAACUACAAUUUUGCCCCUGUCAAACUUGAGAAAGCAAUUUUUAUAUAAGUAUAAGUAAGAGUAAUAAAAUAUUAUACAAAGCGAGGAGAGUAAGCAGCAUUUUGGCUUAUCUACACUAACAUAUAUUUUUUUUAAUGUAAAAAAAAAAAUCUCUUCUCCGUUUUUGCCCAUUUUGCGGCCCCCCUAUCCCCUUCAAGUCUUAAAACACCCUUGUUACGCCUUUGACUGAAUAUAGAUUAUUAAGCAGGCUCCCCUUUUUGAAGAUGUAAAUUUAAUGAAUUAAUGUUUACUAAAGCCAUUGUUUUUCCUAAUAUGUAAUAAAAGUGUUUUAAGAUUUCCUUAACAACUACUGGUACCUAUCUGCCCUACAAAGGAGUGACUUGGCUGAAAUGAUGAUAUACAUGUCCAGGGUUAAAUUUAGAUAAUUGUAUCUGAAAUUAUCACUUUAACAGUGGACAGUCUUUUGUUUGAGCAUUUAACUUCCGCCCUUUUAUUCUUAAAAUAGAUCAAUUUAGUGUUUGCUGAUUUCAGAAAUUUAAAAUGUGUCAUCAAAUAAGUUUUUCAAAUUUUAGCUCUAGCAUUUUCAAACCAGAGAUAACAUAAGCCGUUGAGCGUGAUUAACCAAAAUAUAUUUAAAAAAUUCUAUGACCUAUUUUUACCAGUAACAAAUUUGGUUUAAGUUAAAGGGAAUUUCAGAUUGGCCAUCAAAAUAGUUUUUUCUUUGUCAAAUUAUUUUUUUGUUGAUUUAAAAAAGAAUAAUUAAGUAUCGAUAUAUCCAUUGAUGAAUAAGGUUAAUCCAAAUUAUGCUAAUUCAUAUUUUCUGCUAACCGAUCUUCUGUUCUUCAGUGGCCAAUUCUUGUCAGAGGUGUUGCCGUAAUAACAGUUCUUCCCCCUGUGUGCCUUUUGAUGGGAAAAGUCCACUGCCUGAUGGGAGACCUUGUGUUGGUGGAUACUGUCAAGGGGUGAGUUGGGGUCAAUUGAUCCAAGAAAGGUAAGCCCCUUGUGUUGGUGAACUGUCAAGGGGUGAGUUGGGGUCAAUUGUUCCAAGAAAGGUGAGCCCCUUGUGUUGGUGGAUACUGUCAAGGGGUGAGUUGGGGUCAAUUUUUCCGAGAAAGGUGAGCCCCUUGUGUUGGUGGAUACAGUCAAAGGAUGGUUAGUUGUUCAAAGAAUGGUUUGACAGUGGGGAAUUGGGAUUAGGUUAGGUAAAGAGGCAAUAAGUUGCACAAGGUUGGGGAAAAACCUGAAGAACUACAAAACAGCACAACAGAUUCUGCAGGAAACAAAACCUGUGAACAAUAAAAUAAACUACUAUAACUUAUCUGAUGCUGUGGAGAUUUUGUUUGGUACGUACCGGUAUGUUUUCAGGUUUCCCCUUAACUUGUGUAAGUUGAAAUUCCUUUUGUUCCACGAAUUUUAUUGGUAAGCCUCACAACAUAUUUUUCAAUUUAAAAAAUUAGCUCACGAUAUUCAGUUUAGUGAAUGCCACUGAAUAACAAGGCUUAGUAGUUUAUAACAUCUGUUCAUAUAUUUAAUUUAAAAAAAAAAAUAUCAAUUACCUGGUAUCAACUGUUAAGAGAAAAAUAAAUGAAUAGUUUAAAAAAAUGAUAUAAAUGUGUACCAGGUAUGACAUUAAUCUCUCACUAUAUGUGAUCCUUCUACAGAAUGUCUGCAAGCCAAGUACAGUAUCCACUAUACAACGUCUGUUUCAGUUUUUUGAAGAUUUGAGCAUAGAUAAUGUUGGUAAGCUGGUUAUCUGCAAGCCCUACCUCAAUAUGCAUUAAAAUUAGAACAUACAUUCCACCCAAAUCAUUAGAAAUACCCAGAACCUAAGAUCAGCUUGAUCAGGGCAAAUUCUUGCUCUUAAAGUUAGCAUUUAGCAUGGAAAGAUACAAAAUAAAAAAUGUUCCCUAGUCUGUACAACUUUACAUAAGUGCUCAACUCUCGUCCAGCGGUUACCAAAUCUUAAUGAUGACUAUUAAAAUCAUUGUCAUUAAAGGAGAUCAUUUGAUGGCUGAUUUCUACGCUAGAAAAACACUUUAAGAUGUCUUGUGUUUAAAUUGUUAUAAUUGUAAAAUUAAAUGUCUUAGUUUAAAAAAGAAUUUUUUUUUAUUUAUGUGCUGAAAAUGAUUGUGUACAAUGUAAUCAAAAACAUUUCCAUUUACUUGGAUCAAUAAAAAAAAAAUUAUCUUAUUUUAAUAAUUUAAAAAUAUUUAAUUUACUGAUCUUUAAUUAAUUUUAAUUUAAAUGUUAGAGGAGCCACAAGUUUAAUAAAAUAAAUUUCUCCGACAGUAAAAUUUUUCCGGAGUAACCUGGUCGGAUGUGUGAUUGUCUUCUCACUCCUUCUCUGGGUACCAGCAAGUACUGUAGUUUGGUGUCAUGUAAGUUAGACAAUAUAUUUGUUGGCCUAGUAAGCGGAUGGUGGCAUACUAUUUUAAAAGGUAGACUAAUAAUUUAAUAGAAAUGGAACUGGUCCAGCCAGCAAAGGAUUGAAAGAAAUAGACAAAAAAAUUGUUGUUUCAAGCACACGCACAAAUAAUGAAAUCAAACCUAAAAAUCACAAUCAUUAGUGUCCUCCAGACAGCUAGUCUACAUUGUGUACAAGGUAUGGCCAAAGCUUCACACCCAAGCCAUCUGUAGUGUGAAAAGCCUUGUACUACCUUAAUUAAGUUAUAUACCGCCUAAAUAGUUUUUUAAAAAUAGAGGUAUAUAAAUAAUUUGAUAAACCGUUUUAAUUAUUUAUUUUUGAAAUUUUAUUUUAGGAUAGAAAACAUCUUAAAAAAUCCCAAAAAAUAGAAAAUAUAGAACUUAGACAGGUAAGUCAUUUUGUCUUCUUUUUUUUUCCCUUCAUGUUUACUGACAAUAACACUAUAGGUAAUAAUUCAUAUAAUAUUUGUUUUCUUUCUCUGAACAAAAUGGAAAUUAUUUCUGUGCGCUAGAUGUGAAAAUUCAUUACUAUGUUGCUAAUUAUAAACACAAGUUGUGUGUUUUAAAGUUCUUUUAAUAGAUUUGCAGUGAAAUCAACAUAAUGUAAUCAAUAUGUAUUAUAAUUAUAUGAACUUCUUUAUCAGCCCGUGAUGGUUAUUUCAUAUUGAUGUGAGCACCUUUGACUCUUUGGAUUGAUUCCAGAUUAUCAUUCUAUAGAUAGAUAAAUAUAUUUAUCUUCUUCUUCUUUAUUUUAAGGGCCCACAAUCAAUGAAUUGAUCAUUCUGGCUCCUAUGUUUCAGAGGGGUUUGCGAUGUUACUGACAAUAUAUAUUUAUAUAUAUAUACACACCCAUUAGAAGGGGGAUGGGGUUGGGGGAGGAGGGCGGGGGCAGAAGCUUAUCAUCGUAGGAAAACUAACUAAAUUUCUUUUCACUAACAUUUUGCUGCAAUGCAAUUUGUUAAAAUGGAUUUUUCAAAAUACAUAUUUGUCCACAAUUAAGAUCUGCCUGUUCUUAUUUGUAGCUCUAUUUUGAUUCAGGCCUUAAAUAAGUAUACAAACUAUUCUAAGCAGUUUCACGAUUGAAACUUCUUAAGAUGCAGGUACACCUUCUUUAUGGGUGGUCCCAUUCAAAUCAUUGACGGGAAAAGAUGGGAGUCAACAUAUUUUUUUAAAGUUUAAAUAUUUAAAAGGAGAAAUAGAAGUUGCAUGUUGAUCAUACUAAAAAAAACAAAAUUGUAAAUAAACCAGCAACACAAAUUGCUCUCCUCACUCUUUUUUUCAGCUAAGUAUCACAAGUAUAGAAUAAGUAGGUGGAUAUUUUCAUAUAAAACCUGAAAGUUUUCUGCACGGCCAUGAAAAAUUCUAUCUGUGCCUUGUAACUAAAUAUAGAAGCAUCAAAUCCUAUUACAGUGGAAUGCCUAGUCAGUCAGUCAGAGCCUUGAAUGAAUUUCUUCUUGCAAUUUAUCAUCUUUUUUUUUGUGUCAAUACAAUGCUUUGAAUACCAGUUACUACUUUGUUCAAUAGAAUUUUUCUGUCUCAAAAAAACAACCAAAUUAAUAGGCAUUUUGGUUUGGGAUUAAAGAAAUGAUUUUUAUAUUGCAGUUUUUACCAACAUGAUGAGUUAAUAAACAGUAAGGACAACAACAAAAAAAAACAUCUUUAGCUUUACCAUCUAUGUAGUGGUAUCCUGCAUUUAAGAACUCUGGGAUAAUUUGGCUCCCUUUAAUUUUAUUAUUACCUGCUUUCACAUUUCAAACCUUGACUCACAAGGAAAUGUAAUGAGCUUCUUGGGUGUAAAAAGCAAUAAGAAAUAAAGCUGAAGGUUUUAUAAUUUUUUUUUUUUUGCUGCAAUUUUUUCUCUCCUUGAUCCAUCUUUCUUCUUACAUCUUGUAUUGUUAGUUUUUAUUUACCUAAACCUUAGCCCACAUCAUUCUAACCUCUCCUAGGCUCUAUCAAUCUGUGAUGAUGUAUAAUGUAUAUAGUUUAUCCAAUUUCAGACCCAUGUGUAUCCACAUGUGGUGUUUUUUUUGGAGGUGGGAGGGUGGGGUCUAACACUCUUCAAAAAUGAUUGAGAUACAAAAAUUUGUGUAAAUGAAACAAUAUAUGUUAAGCUUUAAUAAUGAUUAGACGAUAUACAAGUUGAAACAUUUGGGCUUUUGCAUUCAUCAAUAUCAGUACAACAAAAAACAUUAAUAUACUUAUAAAUUAAAUUUACAUAAUAUUUACAUAUUAUUCUAAAAUGAUGCACACAAUUUAUCACAGACCUACUGUUGCUUGAUGUUAACUCUCACUAUAACCCAAGUGUUGACUCCCUUAUGCCACUAUAAACUACAACAAGUAUCUGUCUUUAACCCUUUCGCUACCGCUGGGUUUUGGCAUCGAUUUUUGCUGACUCAACAAUAAAAACUUGGAAAGAUGAAAUUUUCGGCAUAUUUCAUUCUCUAUCUGAUUCGCUUUUUAACUUCUUUAUAGAUUAACGAAUAAGGAAAUAUAUAGCAUUGAAAUUUGAAGUCCCGUCCUUGGUAUUUCAGAAAAGUUCUUUGACUUUUUGUUAUGACGGCAAUGUGACGUCCUCGGUAAUUGAAAGUGGGUGAUUGUGACGUCGCGUCGACGUCAUCGGUAGCGAAGUGGUUAAAAGCAUAAUUUUGUAUUUCUCCCAAUACACAACAAUAAACAGUCUGAUUGAUUUAUAUUAUUUAAUAACAUUUGUUUAAUUUUUUUUUUUUUUUUCCCCAAUUUUUUCUCCCCCCCCCCCCCCCCCAUGUUUUAACUCUACUCUAAAAAUAUGUUUAGAAUAGCAAGCAACAAACCCCCUCCUGUUUCCCAUGGCUAUUAAAAAUAUUAAUUUGGCAUUCAUUCAAAACUAGAAAUGAUAUGUCUAUAGUAUCUCUCCAAGCCUCUUGAUUUCAUGCCAUUUCCUCUCAUGCAUGUAAUCCAGUAUUUAGUGGUGGAUGGGAGUAUCGUCACACACCCCACCUCUAAAAUGUUCACUUUCCUUUCAGCCUAACCAUUUCUGCCAUCCUUGCUUAUCUAACCUACUGCAGCUUUUGUUUUAACGGUACCCAACAAAUUUCCAAGAGAUGAUUCGGGCCAUCAUUUUAUUCCUUCGGCUAACAGCAAUCAACUAAUAUUUCUUUAAACAAACCUCUUCCUUAUAGUAAUAUUUCACCAAAUAAUACAUUAAUCUAAUUGUAACUUUAUUAAGGUCAGUCUGUAACUACUUGGGUUUUUUUAACAAAAAAUUUCUUCACACUUUCUUGAGAACAUGUAUAAAUGAUUUAAAAGAUGAAAUGAAUUGCUCUAAAUUAAACAAAGAUGUAUGGAUAUUAUCGCCCUGUAAUGUGGAGCAUUGCUUCCAAUUUUUUUAAUCAGCAGUAAGGUUUUAAAACUAUAGUUCUCUCCAAAGAGUUUUAUCAUUCUCCAAGUCACAAGAAGUUAACUUACAUAAACAAUGCAAAAAUUUGAUGGAAUGACAUUAAAUAGGUUAAAUUAUGGUGUUGUUAAAUGAUAUUUCAAUCAAUCCACAGAAUCGAUCUCUACUGCACGAUGAGGAUGGCAGGCUGGUCACCAAAACCAAAACUACACCUUCUGUUGGGACGACAUCACCUCGAUUUCGUCACCGCCAGGCCGACACCUCAACCUCAGAGGUGUGAAGAUGAAAGCCUUCAAAAAAGAAACGUAGUUUGGAUGAACUUUGCUUGAAGGAAAAAUGUUGUGGAAGGAAAAAAAGUUUCUUAAGUGAUGAGUCUUAUUUUUAUUUGCAGAUUCUGCAAAAUUGUUAGAAAAGAGUUGCUUUAAAAUAUUUUAAGGCCCACAAUGCAUGGUGCUGAAUAAAUACUACCUUCGUAAUAUGGGAGAGAAAUCAUGUGGCAAGUAUAUCCCAUUUGGUAAAUUAUUUUUUUCAAAGCAACAACAAAAACAUGUGCUGUGUAAUGGAUGCAAAUGUUAUGAAGAGUGUGUUAUGAUUGACAGAUUGAAGAGUGUGUUAUGAUUGAUAGAUUGAAAAGAAGAGUGUGUUAUGAUUGACAUAUUGAAAAGAAGUGCUUUAUGAUUGACAAAUUGAAAAGAAGAGUGCAUUAUGAUUGAGAGAUUGAAAAGAAGGGUGUGUUAUGAUCUGAUUCAUUACAUUAAUAUUUCAUGUAGGUUGGUGAUUUGUGUAUUUAUAAUUUUUUUUAAAUAUAUAUAUGUAAAUGGAGUGCUGUUGUGUGAUCAGUGUUAGCUCGCACACCUAUGUACAGCAUAACUUGAAGUGGCACAGGGAACUGCAGGCCCUCAGACAAUAGCAUCCUUUGUUGUCAGGGGAGCUCCCGUAGAUUAAUGUGCUCAGUGGAAGGAAGACAGCGUUCAGAACAUUUGGAGCAUUUGUUUCAUUUAAUAUUAUAUGGUUACACUUGUUUGCAGUUAGCUUGGUCACAGUAAAUUACUCUUUGUCUUUCUCUAGACCAGGGGGUUUUCAACUGGUGUGUCACAUAAAGAAUUACACGAUUCUCAUAGGAAUAAAGAUUUUAAAAUUUCACCUGCAAAGUAUUGGACCCCUGCUCAAUGAACAGUGCCUAUUAUAUGAAAUUAUAAUUAUAUUAAUUACUUAUUUGAAUACUUUUAUGGUGCGUUGCAGAAUUUUAGAGAUUCAUUUCAGCGUGCUAUAAAAUAAAAAAGCCUUGAUACUCUUCUGCACCAUUUACAAGGAGAGAAAUUAUUUACUUUACAAUUGUGGAUAAGUGUAAAGAAACAACAGGACAUAUCCUGAGGGGAUCGUGUUAAUCAAUUGUUGACCCUAGGCACCCCCGGCGCCCAAUGUAGGGGUUAAUUUGGCUCCAGCCAAUUCAUCUACUAGUAUAGUCAAAUAGUCUACAGCAUGUUCAAAGACACAGUCAAAAGUUGACUUGAUGUUCCCAGAUAUAUGCAUGAGUUGACAGCAUAUUCCCGUGUAUAGUCAAAAGUUGAUAGCAUGUUCACAGGCACAGAAGUUGAGGGUGGGGUUAAUUCCUUUGAAGAAGGGGAAAAAAAAGGUAAAAUUCUACUGACAGCAGUGGAUUUCUUCGUAAAAUAUAAAGCAAAAUUGUAAUCAUAGACAUUUAAUAAUAAUAAUAAAAGAAAGUUUGAGAUUUUAUAUUUUUAUUAAAACUUCAUAUUGCAAUUAACAAACAUAUUUUAAUUCAUUUUUUGACAAUAUGUAAAUAAUUU